AUGCCGAGCCCCCGGAGGAACGCGGACGCCCGCCCGCUGGCCGCCGCCGCCUCGAGCAGCAGCAGCAGCAGCCCCGGCAGCCCCGGCAGCCCGGCCCGCGGCGGCGGCGGCGGCGGCGGCGGCGGCGGCGGCGGCGGCGGCGGCGGCAGGUUCGAGUUCCAGUCGCUGCUCGGCAGCCGCGCGCCCGGCGCUGACCCCGCCUGCGCCCGGCUCCGCGCGCCCGAGAGCCCGGUGCACCGGCGCGGCUCCUUCCCGCUGGCCGGGGCCGGCCCGUCGCAGGCGCCCGCGGCCGCGCUGCCCGAGGAGGGCCGCAUGGACCUGAACCCGUCCUUCCUGGGCAUCGCCCUGCGCUCCCUGCUGGCCAUCGACCUGUGGCUGUCCAAGAAGCUGGGCGUGUGCGCGGGGGAGCGCUCGUCCUGGGGUAGCGCGCGGCCCCUCAUGAAGCUGCUGGAGAUCUCGGGACACGGCAUCCCCUGGCUGCUGGGGACCCUCUACUGCCUGCUCAGGAGCGACAGCUGGGCCGGGCGCGAGGUGCUCACGAACCUGCUCUUCGCCCUGCUGUUGGACCUGCUGCUGGUGGCCCUGAUCAAGGGGCUGGUGCGCAGGCGCCGCCCCGCUCACAAUCAGAUGGACAUGUUCGUCACCCUGUCGGUGGACAAGUACUCCUUCCCCUCGGGCCACGCCACCAGGGCCGCCCUGGUGUCUCGGUUCAUCUUGAACCACUUGGUGCUGGCCAUUCCGCUGCGGGUGCUUGUGGUACUGUGGGCCUUCAUCGUGGGCUUCUCCAGGGUGAUGCUGGGGCGGCACAACGUCACUGACGUGGCGUUUGGCUUUUUUCUGGGCUACGCGCAGUACAGCAUCGUGGACUACUGCUGGCUUUCGCCGCACAACGCCCGGGUCCUCUUCCUACUGUGGAACCAACAAUGACACCAGCUCAUCCUCUAUGGCACCAGGCGAUCAGAAGGUUUCCGCAUGCGAUGACACCUACGACGUCAACCAGCAGCAAUCCUGCUUGUCCCUCUAAGGACAUUUCAGGCUUCCUUUGGGAUUUCAGGUGUCAUUCCAUCUUGGGGGGUUGCUAGGCUGGAGAACGUCCUGGCCAUUGUGACCACAGCCAUAUUACAGGAAGAAAAAAAAAAGAAAAGAAAAAAAAGAAAUCCCUCUAUUAUAUAUUCAUUCAACCACUGUUUAUAUCUCCAGGACAACUGCAAAGAAAACAAGCUGGGGUGAUGAUAAUCCUGCUGUUUUUUUUUUUAAAGUUGACAAAAGUAAACUUUGUGUUUUGUAGUAAUCCUGUAAGUCAACAUAUCACUUGUAAAGUGAACUUUGAAAAAAAAAACCAACACGAUCUUCAUUCUGUAAAUAUACAUGCAGAUGAGCCACCUACUCAUCCUAGUUCUUUUCCUGAGAGAACAAGCCAAGAACUUACUUGAAGAAGAAACACUUAAUGGUGGGCAUGUCUACAAUGCCCACAGAAAAGGAAGGAUGGGACUAUGAUCGAAUGCUUAAUUCUGUUGACAAAGAGCGUGGUAUGAAAGCUAACUGAGGACUUCAGGACCUAAUCGUCUGGGGGGUAGGCCUACCACAUAUUGUGUCAGUGGACCAGUAUGGCAGGAGAUGGGGCUCUGUUGCCCAUCAUCUCUACCGAACAAAGAAUAAUGCUCCUCUGCUGAGGUAAUAGGAAAAUAACUUGAUUCUUUGCAGUGCAAGGGCAUAAACUUUCUCAUAUGUACCACAAGGAUGACACUGUAUAGUUUUUCAUAUGGAAUUCCAUUUCCCUAUCUAUAGCAUACUUUCGAUAACAAUUUUAACUUGAAAUUCACCAGGGGAACCCACUGUUACACCAGGCACAAGGGAUAACUAACUCCUAAAUGUCCCUUUACAUUGACCUUUACAUUCAAAGCAGUUUAUCCACGGUACCUCCCCAAAUCACAAGACCAAAGACGACCAAAUGCAAGAUGGACUCUGCUCAUUAUUCUUUGAGCAGGAAAACCAAGCAGCGUGUGUGCUUUAAAUGCUGUUCUGCCUGAAAAUAAGAAUCUUUGAAUUACCUAUGGAACUGGUGUUUUCAGAUAGUGGUGAAUUAUUUUGACAUUUAUAAAGAGAAAGGAUUUUUGGCCUUGGAUGUGUCACAUAGAAUGGUGUGAUGAAUAGGCUCUGACUGGGGAGAAGUAUGAAUUUUCUGAGUGUGAGAGGCACAUUGAAAGAGGAACAGCUACUCCUCAAAGGCAAACAAAAUCAUCUGUACUCCCACAACAUCCUGAACAGACUACCUCUUCUCUCCCUGAAUCAGCCAAACUGUAAAGCUUUGAGUGAUUUGCUUUAUUGUUUAAUCUUAGAUCUUUUAUUUUAAUCCAGCAAUAUUCAGGCCAGAUCUUUUGGAAAGCAGUGAUGUUUCCUUCUGCCAUGUUCACAAGUCUGAAUAUUGGGGGCUCAAAAUUAGUUUUAUCUUCUGGUUCCUGAUUAUACUUCUGGAAUUCCUAAAAGUUUGCAAGCUUUUAAAGCACAGAUCAAUUCAGCUGAUGUUUCUGAAGCACUCUAACUACGAUAGAGUAGAAAAUGAUUUUACUGUCAAUUGUACACUGAGGAAUGCCUUUUGAAAAUUAAAAUAAAAAUAACCAGUAACAUUGAA